AAGAAGUAUGGUACGGUUCCCAACAAAUACACUAAUCAUCACUCAAGUUUCGGACGCAUUUCUUGACGAUCCCAACGAGUUAGUAAAAUUUCUUGCUAGUCACAAUAUCACCUGCGAGUUGGUGUCAUUAAGGCGUUUUGGGCGUAUCCUCUUGAUCUGUGACGACCACCAGGUAUCCCAAAGUAUCCGGCAACUCCUCCAAAACUCCCCACAAUGGAGCCAUUUGGCUGUAACCUUCAGCCUUCAAGACAACGAGUUGACGCUGGGACGGGAGGUCAGUGAAAAAAUGGACUACUUGGAACUUCCAGCACAAGACGGGUCAAGACGGUUUCUUAUCUCACCACCACUCUCACCACCUCCAGAAUGGGACCAUUGGGAUAAGGUGGAAGAAGGGCCACAUCGGACGGCAAUGACGAACCCGGAAGAGCUUUCGCAUCUACUUUGGGAGAGAUUGGGUGGUGUAAAUAGCACAGAGGUAAGACGCUUUCAAGCCGAAGAUACUAGAGAUUUGAAGAUAGAACCACAAGUGGUUUUCGAGGACAUAGACAACGAUGUGCCCGCCAUCUUGCUUGAUAGAGUCGACUACGAGCAGCCGUCCGGACCCAGCAAACCUGUUUUCAAGACAUCUUUGCCUCCUCCGUUGCCUUGA